AUGUUCCUCCCUGGUAGCCGGGCCUGGGCGUGCUUCAUCAAUGAGGCAUACGAACAUGUAGGACCGGGGUUUGGGCAUGGUGAGACAACACGUGAAUUGGAUGGGGACACGCAUGAUGAGAGCGAGAUGUGCGCGCGUGUGCCACCAACACGGCUACUGGCCGCAGAUUUUGCUGUUGUCGCCAGCCAUGUGCAACAACCUUGUUAUACUCUUGUCGUUGUGCGGGUGCGGGUGCCUGAUGAGUUGGCGUUUGGUGAAACGUGGAGGAUUGCGACAAUUCCAACAACAAUGCAUGCAUUUCGGAUAAAUGAGACGCCGCCAACGGCAAUCAAACGUUGCCAUCAUCGGCUUGCUUGCUUCGUACAGGCACAGGCACAGGCAAGGACGCCCAGCCCAGCCCAGCCAGAACGCACGCGCCAUGUGCCCAAUAUCCGCUCGCAGAGCCAGUCUGAAGCCGGCGGCGCAUCCAGAGUGGAGGCGGGAAAUGAGCAGCCAAGACGCCCAUUUGCUGAGGGUGCCCAUGUUCUGGGCCAUUGGCGCCGGGGCCGGGCUGAGCUGCGAGUAGAAGAAGAGAAGAGGGAAGAGAAGAAAAGAGAGAAGCCGUCGUGGGGCGAGUAUUAUACUCGUUACGCUCUUUUUCUUUCGUGCCGCCGCCAUACGCCAUCACCGCUAUCGCGCAUCUUUUGCACUCAUUUCGCAAACCAUCCUCACGAGACAAUCACAAUCCCCACGUCCAACACGCACGACGCGCGAAACCAUCGCCACCACUGUCCUUCUCAAGUCAAGAUGCUCUUCCGAACUGCCACCUCUGUUGCCCUCCUGGCCUGCGCCGCCAGCGUCAGCGCCGAGCCCAAGCCCUACCGCCUGGCCAUGAUGCCCGUGCUUGGACAGAGCCUUGCGCGCCGCAGCACCAAUGGAUACCAGCCCGAGCUGUCUCAGUGCCACGAUGGCGACACCUGUGCCGAAGCCUGCGGCUCCGAGUACACCGAGUGCGCCUCCAGCGGCAAGGAGACUCACUGCUACAACCCAUCCGUCAAGCAGAGCUGCUGCGCUGAUGGCUCUGGCAACUCUUGCGACGAGGGCUACUACUGCACUCACGACCACGCUCUCAAGACCUGGUGCUGCCCGGAUAACAUGGAUCUCGCUGCUUGCGCCGCUGCUUAUAGUGUAGCCGGCGGCCUCGAGUCCGCCACUCCUACUUCGACCAGCACUUCCAGCACCAGCACCAGCACCAGCACCUCAACCACCAGCACGACUGUUGUCACCACCAGCGCUGCUCCUACCACCACCAGCACCACCGAGGCCCCCACAACCACUGCUGCUCCCACCACCACCACCGCUGCUCCCACGACUACCAAGGCUCCCGCCACCACCGUGACCAAGGUUGAUGAGGAGACCACCACUGUUCCUCGCACCACCAGUGCUGGAUUCACCAGCGCCUACACCGGCUUUAACAGCACCGUUACCAGCUCUGUGCCCAACCAGCCCAACCAGUCCAAGACUCCUCUUCCUCCUGUCGCGUCCAUCUCCACUGGCGCUCCUCAGCCUCCCCAGCCUUCCACCAUCAGCGGUGCUGCCACCACCAGUGCCAGCGCCCUGCUGCUCCUCGCCGCCGGUGUCAUCGCCCUUUUGUAA